AUGGAAAUGCUUAAUGAUUCUAAUACAAAACAAUUACAAGAAUUCACUACUUGUACUAUAUGUUUAAAAAAAUACAAAGAUCCACGUAUUCUUCCAUGUUCUCAUACAUUUUGUUUAAAAUGUCUUCAUCAAUCGGUUAAAGAUGGCAAAUUUUCCUGUCCAAUGAAAGAUGAUAUAAUGAUAAAUGAAAAUGAUAUCGAUCAAUUACCAAUUAAUCGAACAGCUAAAGAUACGGUAGACUUUGUAGUGAGUCUUAGUCCAUCACUUGAUGAAAAAACUUAUUACCCAUGUGAGAAUUGCAAUGAAAAACAAGCGUUAAAUUGGUGUGAAAAAUGUGCUACAAAUUUAUGUGAUACAUGUACAAAAUCAGUACAUUCAAUAAAAAUCUUUCAAGCUCAUACAAUUGUUUCAUUAUCAAAUAAAAUAUAUUCAUUUUGUUUAGAACAUCCGGAUGAAAAAUUUAAAUAUUGGUGUACACAAUGCCAUCUUCUUGUAUGUCGUGAUUGUUUAUUAUUUAAACAUAAAGAUCAUACAUUUGUAUCGUUGGAUGAUGCAGCCAUGGAUGCAAAAGGAAAUCUCGAGAGAAAAACCCAAGAAAUAAACGAAAUUAAAAGAAAUUUAACACAAUUUUCAACUACAACAAAAAAUGCUAUUGAACGACAACGUGAAAUAGCUCGUCAUGAAAUGCAAGAUACUGCACAAACAUUUGCUAAUCUACAACAAAUGUUAGAAGAAAGAAAAUGUAUACUUACCAAAGAGUUAAAAGAUGAAGAAAUACAAUCAAUAAAAAUAUUAAAUCAACAACAAAUUAAUAUAGAUCAACAUUUAAAUCUAACCACUGUUCAAGAACUUUGUAUCAGACAAAUAUUGAACUCAGAUGAUCCAAUACAAAUAUUAAAAUUCAAAUCUACUUUAUCUCAUAAUUAUAAUGAAUUUAUAGAAAAAUAUAGAAAAAUAGAUGAAGGUUGUAUUAUAAUGAGAGAUACAUUUAAAAGAAAUGAUAAAGAUUUAGAAGAUCUUCAAGAUAUGAUUUCCAAACUUGGUAGUAUUACAAGUAAAGCACAUGUUGUGAAAAAAGAUGGUGUGGCAAUUAGAACAAUACCAUUAGAUAUUUCCAAAAUUAGUGAUAGUAGUAAUAGUAUUAUUUCAAAAGAACAGAAUAUUGCUCGUGGUUAUAAAUUUUCAUUAAAACAACCAAUGAAACUUCGAUCAAUUCGUAUACAAUCAGAUCAUAUUGGACAAGUUAUAGGAUUUGUAGUUAAUGAUGCUAAUACUGUUAUUCAAAAAAGUAUAAUUAAUUCAGUUAAUGCAACGAUGAAAUGGUUGAUAAUUCCAAUGGAAUUUGAAAUUAAAGAUAACUAUGGUGUAUUAAUACUACCACCAUCAGAUAAUGGAUCGUAUACGUAUAAAAAUGGAGAUAAUCAAUUUCGAAAAAUAACUGAAAAUUGUUCAGUUAAAAGUAAAUUAUGUAAUAUGACAACACAACUCAAUAUAGGUUUACAAUUGACUGUAAUUAAUAACACACAUUCUAUUAGUAUGAUAAUUGAUGUGGAAGAGUAA